AAACACAGAAAUAUGCAGAAGUUUGAAAAUGAUGAGAAAUUAGAUACUUCCAUUAAUGAAUUGAUAAAGAAUUUACGCAUUCAUUAUAAGAAUGGCGACACAAAAUCGGACAAGAUAAAUGAACAGAAGAUUUACAAGGAAGAAGAAAUUCUGUCAAACGAAUUAAAAAAUUUCUUGAAACUCCAUCUUGAAAAAGGCUCGGAGAAUACGAGCUCAACAUCAAAUCAAAAAGCGACAUCAAUUCUGUCAGAUGAUGAUUCAAUCGAUUCUUCAAUUCAAUCUUUACCUCCUCCAUUGAGACUAUCUUUUGAGUUAUCGACAAGGAAAGAUCAUGACAUUCAAAAGGGUCAUAUUUCGGAAGAUAUACUGAAGAAUUCUAAUUAUGGAUUAUUCAAGAAUUUAGAUGAGGUUCCUCUUGCGGGUGAAAAAGGAAAAAUAAAUUCUCAGGAUCCUCAUGAUCCUCAUGAUAAAUCAAUAAACAACCAAUUUAGCAUUAGUUCGGUGAGCCAUCGGGUCAUAAUAGAGCAGCAGCAACCUACUUUGGAAGUUGAUGAUAAACCACCGCAAAAUAUAUUACCAGAGAAGCAAAUAAGUGGAGUUUCUCCAAGUAUGCCCAAGAUAGAGGGAAAAAAUACGAAAAGAGAGUCCGUCAAAAUAUUAAACUCGAAUCUCCAGAAAAAUGUAAAAAAUUCAAUGAAAACUACUGAAAUCUCAGAUGAAGAUAUGCCGGACUAUACUCUAAUGUCCCUAGAAGAGUUGAAGGUAAUGGUAUCAAAAUACGGAAUUCGGCCAAGCUCUAGAAAUAUUAUGAUAAAACAGCUACAAAUUCUAUGGAAGAGUUUAAGUAAGGUUAAUACCGGAAACUUGGAUACAUCCAAGAUCGAUAUCUUACCUGAACGACAGAAAAAACAGUCAACUAAUUCCAUUACCAAACCUAUUGUCAUAAGUGACGAUGCUCUUUCUGAAUCUGAUGGUAGUGAAGAUGGUGAUUUGCCGCUUCUAGAUCUUAUUGAUUCUUUAAACACUACGAGUGAAGAAUAUUUAUUAGAAGAGGAAAUGGCCAAACAAAUCAGCGAUUAUAUAAGCUCGAACAAACGAUUAUGGCUGUCUAUAUUAGAAUAUCAAGAUCUUAACUUUGAUCAAAUUUUGAGAGAUCUCAAUAAUGCGGGAAUAUAUUGCAAUACAAGUCAGCUGCGCGUCUUUAUGGAUAGUCGA